AUGGUCCAGCGCCGACCAGGUCGAGCAGCUACUGCGCUGGUUGUUGCCACCGCAACAGCAUGGAUAGCCGCCACGACGAGCUUCGUGCCGGGUACUAGCUUACCCAGGCAGCCCCAUGUCGAGGCGAAGGCUGCGGGCAUGGCCGACAUAGGCGUCGACGUGCCAAGCAUGAGCAUCCCCAAUCCGGCAGUGCAGGAUGCGAAGGCGAGAUUGAUGGAUUUGCUCGAGGACAGCUCCCUGGAGGAAGAGGUCCUUCGACCUGAAGGUAAGCCCAUGCGGGGGCGUGUGGACGAAGCGAUCAUCCGACUAGAAAGGCUCAACUCUCAGGAGGAGCCCGUGUAUUCCAUUGAGCUGGACGGUACUUGGGACGUCAAGUAUGCCGGGUCCUAUGCCCCGGGCAUCUUGUCAUCUCCGACGCGCGAGUUGGCGCUCUUUUUGUAUGGUGGAGGAUUUUCGCUAGGAAACGCGCUGUCUUCUUUCGCACAGGGGUUUUGGGGUCAGUCUUUGGGCGUGAAGCUGGGCUCCAAGAAGGUCCAGAUCGCCGGUGGCCGCGACGUCGAAGCGUCAGCUCAGCUCGAAGUGGCGGGUCGGAAGGAGACACUGACUUACAAAGCUGAGCUGAUGCCGCUGAGCGCGCAGCGCAUGAGCGAAGAGGUUAUCGCAGUGAAGCUACCAGACCCAAUCGGCAGCCAGGAUCUGCCGCUCGAGCUUCGUCGAAGCAUCCUGGUGACGUAUUUGGACCAGGAUAUGAUGAUUGUCCGGGAUGAAUCUGGAGUUCCAGAGGUCCUGGUGAAGGAGCUUUCCCCUGUUGCGCCCGCCAUGGUCACAGAGGAGCAGGAAGCUUCAGCAGACGCCACGAAUGGAUCUACAACAAGCGACGAGGACCGGGCCCUGCUUGAUGCAGCCGAGUCCGAGGCAUCUUGA